GGCAGUUCUCGCUCUUCUGCCACCAAAGUCUCCUCGACAUCGCCUUUGAACCUCUUCGUUGGCCAUGUCGAACAUCGUCGCUAGCACGGUGCGCACGCGCCUGACUACAGCGGCGGCAGCGUCCAGGAGACUCAAACCCCGGUACUUCACCACUUCCCUGCGCAGGCAGGACGAGCAGAACGCGCCGAAGCCUCCUCCGCCCAUAGAUGACUCUACCUCUGCGCUGGAUUACAAACGGACCCUGAGGCACCGCCCGCCUCCUCUGCCGGCGAUGGACCUGCCGCGCUUGCGCACUGCGGAGGAGGCUGUCACGAACAUCCUGUACAACACCCCGCCCCCAAGUCUUCAGCCGUUCAAGAAGCAUGUGCUGAACUGUCUAGUGCAGAACGAACCCGGAGUGCUCUCGCGCGUGUCUGGUAUCCUAGCUGGGCGUGGGUUCAACAUCGACUCGCUGGUCGUGUGCAGAACGGAGAUCCGCGACCUCUCGCGGAUGUGCAUCGUCCUCCGCGGACAGGACGGCGUCGUGGAGCAGGCGCGGAGGCAGCUUGAGGACCUGGUACCCGUGUGGGCCGUGCUCGACUACACCGACACGCAUUGCAUAGAGCGCGAGCUCCUCCUCGCCAAGGUCUCCAUCCUCGGCCCCGAGUACCUCGAGGAGCAGCUCGUCGGCGGCCCCACGCACGAGCCGCGCCGCAUCUCCUACACCACCGCUCCCACUCAGCGCUCUGCUGAGCCCACGCACGAACACACCAAGCUGGAGCGCGAGGCCGCUCUCGUGCACCAGUUCGAACACUCCGCCGAACCGAGCCCACACCCAGAGGCCGAGGCGGACCCCGCGGCGCCGCUUACGGAGCCGCUCACGCCCAUCCAAGCUCUACGCCUGAAGAGCGACAACCUGCAGGCGAUCCAGACGCUCUCGGCGCAGUUCGGGGGCCGGAUCGUGGACGUGAGCGAGCACAGCGUGAUCGUGGAGAUGUGCGGGAAGACGAAGCGCGUCGAGGCGUUCUUGUCGCUCCUCAAGCCGUUCGGCGUGCUCGAGUCCGCGCGCACCGGUCUCAUGGUCAUGCCCAGGACACCCAUCAAGAAUGUGGACGACACGGACGUCGCGGGCGAGGGUGGCGUCGUCGACGCGAGCCUGCUCCCUCCUGGCUGAGCGUUUGGGAUACGUUCCCUUGCUCGCUUCUCCCCAAAAGUACUCAAUUCGCAUUGGAUCUAGCGCGGGUUGGUUUGGUUUGCUGGAUAUAUACUGUCGUAGUGUCUUCAAAAGGGUCAAUGAGGAUCUGAGAUACAUCGUCUCUGACAAGCAAUUGUAUCCCCCAAUGGACCCUGUCCUUUUGCCUUGGAGCUCGAGGAGUCAGUCCUCCGCGGUGUCUUAUAUCAUUUCCACACACGUCGUACGCACUAUCCAUCUCCUCUGAUCUGCUUGAUGCAAUAGUAUCCCCCAGUCA